AUGGAACCUGAAAUCAUUGCUAAAUUUUUUUUAUUAAGGGAAUCUUAUUCUUUGUGUAAAAUAAAUAAAUUUUCAUUUUAGAAUACGAUAACUUAAUACAAUUAAAUUAUUUCGUCAUCAAAACGAGCAGAAAGUGUGAGAGUGGUUGUAAGAAGGCUGCAGUUGUAAGAAUAAAACAGUUUAAGGUCACUUGCGUAAAAUGAUGUUAUUGUUUUGCCAAUUCCAAUAAAAAUAUUACGCACCUUUUCGUCAAGGAUUCCUCAGUAUUUUAUAUAUUAACUAUAACAUAUCCAAAAUACUCAAGUGCAAGAAAAUUGCUGCACUGAACAUUAGUUCAUUGGCAGCAUUUUUUUUUACAACAAUUAUCAACUUUCCUUCCUUAUACUUGCCCAUCUAAUAUAUUAUAGACGUUAGCAAUGAGUAGCAGUGCUGAUGGAUCCUCAAUUCGUUUUAGUGAUCAUACUCUUGAUAAAGCUACAAAAGCCAAAGUGACUUUAGAAAACUAUUAUAGUAAUUUGGUAACACAAUAUGGAGAACGUAAACAACGUCUUGCCAAACUUGAGGCACAACUCAAGGAUGAGAGCUUGACAGAAUCGCAGCGUCAGGAAAAACGUUUGCAGCAUGCUCAAAAAGAAACAGAAUUUUUACGUUUAAAGAGAUUGCGGCUAGGUGUUGAAGAUUUUGAAGCCUUAAAGGUUAUUGGUCGAGGAGCAUUUGGUGAAGUACGUCUAGUACAGAAAAAAGACACUGGACAUGUUUACGCAAUGAAAGUGCUUCACAAAAGUGACAUGAUUGAGAAAGAACAAGUGGCGCACGUACGAGCUGAACGUGAUGUGUUAGUAGAAGCGGAUCAUCAAUGGGUAGUUAAAAUGUACUACAGCUUUCAGGACUCAGUAAACCUGUAUUUGAUAAUGGAAUUCCUGCCGGGUGGUGAUAUGAUGACACUAUUGAUGAAGAAAGAUACACUUUCAGAAGAAUGCACUCAGUUUUAUAUCAGCGAGACAGCAUUAGCGAUCGAUUCAAUACAUAAACUUGGCUUUAUCCACCGAGAUAUCAAACCAGAUAAUUUACUACUGGAUGCACGCGGUCAUUUAAAGCUAUCUGAUUUCGGUCUUUGUACUGGUUUAAAAAAAUCACAUAGAACCGAUUUUUAUCGUGAUCUUUCUCAAGCGAAACCAUCCGACUUUAUUGGUACAUGUGCCAGCCCAAUGGAUUCGAAACGAAGAGCCGAAUCAUGGAAACGAAAUCGUCGAGCAUUAGCUUAUAGUACAGUAGGCACACCAGAUUAUAUAGCGCCAGAAGUAUUCUUACAAACAGGUUAUGGUCCCGCAUGCGAUUGGUGGUCUCUAGGUGUUAUAAUGUAUGAAAUGUUAAUGGGUUACCCACCAUUUUGUUCAGACAAUCCUCAGGAUACGUAUCGUAAAGUAAUGAACUGGCGUGAAACACUUAUUUUUCCGCCCGAAAUACCAAUAUCUGAAGAAGCAAAAGAAACAAUUAUCAAAUUUUGCUGUGAAGCUGACCGUCGAUUAGGUUCUCAGCGUGGUCUUGAAGACUUAAAAUCGGUGCCCUUCUUUCGAGGAGUUGAUUGGGAGCAUAUACGUGAACGUCCUGCCGCCAUACCUGUCGAUGUGCGCUCCAUCGAUGAUACAUCUAAUUUCGAUGAAUUUCCAGAUGUAUCACUUGAAAUUCCUUCGGCACCAAUACCUCAAGGUAGCGAAAUUGCUAAGGAUUGGGUUUUUAUAAACUACACAUUUAAACGUUUCGAAGUGCGAAACUUGGAAUAAAGAAUGUGCCUCAACAAUGAGGAGAUAUCUGUAUUAAAUCGAUAUAAUUUUCGAGUUCAGUAAUAUUUUUAGUUAAACUAAACAGAAUCAUAAUUGCAACGCCACCAAUUAAUUAACCACGUACCAGAAUCCAACCUAUCAGCAUAAUAUAUUUUGUUGCAUUUGCGCCACUACAUUUUAUAAGUAUGCAGAAACCGUAACUCUGCGAUAUUUUAAAAUUUGCCUACAUAAAAUUUUUUAAAUGUGUUUUUAAAACAAACUUAAAUUAUUUAUAUUAUUUUUAGAAAUCUCGAUUAU